GUUAGUCUGCGAGCAGCAGCAGCACACAGGAGCACAUUCGGGGGAAGGGAUUCCUGCAAACAGCUUCCUGUGGGACAUUUUGUCAGCUUUCAUUUUCAUUCAGAUGGGAUUUGAUCAAAUCUUCCCCUUCUUUUUACUCUGACCGGUGCGUGUCUUAAUCUGCAGAGAGAUGGUGUGGAUGGACUAGUGCGAACCUAACGACAGUGAAAGUGCUUCUGUGUUGGUUGAAGAGCGACAUGAAAUUCCCCUGACUGUUACUGUCUUUACAUCUGUGAGGGAGUAACUAGCCCAGCAGCCACUGGCCACCAUGAAUGCCUCAGUCUCAGCUAACUACACUCCUUCCUGCUACGUCAUCAACAGCCCCCCAUUCAAUUACACUCACCCCAUUGCCUCGGCCUACUAUCCCUCCAUCUUCACGUUCCUGGGUCUCAUGUCCAACCUCAUCGCCUUCAUAGUUCUCAUCAAGUCCUUCCAGAGAGCACAAAGCCAGUCACGCUCCUUCUUCCUCAUCUUCCUCAGUGGCCUGGUGGUCACUGACUUUAUGGGUAUCCUGGUCUCGGGUUGCAUUGUGGGCGCCUUCCAUGUCACUCACUUUAAUUGGCGCACUCUAGACCCCAACUGCCACUUCUGCAACUUUAUGGGUAUGACCAUGGUUUUCUACGGACUGUGCCCACUGAUGCUUGGUGCUACCAUGGCGGUGGAGCGUUUCAUUGGCAUUAACCUACCAUUUGAACGCACGUUCAGCAUCACCAAGAGGCGGACUAUCUCCAUGGUGCUGAUGGUGUGGUUUAUCGCGGGCUGCAUUGCACUGCUGCCCCUAGCAGGCUUAGGGAGCUACCACAUGCAGAAGCCAGGCUCCUGGUGUUUUUUCAAUAUUGGCUCAGAGGGAAAUGACCUGGUCUUCUCUCUUAUCUUCUCACUGGUCGGGCUGAUAUGCAUCAGUGUGUCGUUUGUGCUAAACACGGUGAGCCUGGUGACCCUGAUCAAGGUGUGCUGUGGACAGGACAGAAGCCAGCGGCGCCGCGACUAUGAAGUGGAGAUGAUGGUUCAGCUCAUCCUGAUCUUGGUGAUUGCUUCUAUCUGCUGGUGCCCACUGCUGAUCUUUAUUGCACAGACUGUGCUGUCCGGAGUCCAAGUCCAGAUCAAAUACCUCCUGCUAUGGGUGCGCUUUGCCACCGGGAACCAGAUCCUGGACCCUUGGGUGUACAUCCUGUUCCGCAGGGCAGUUCUUAAGAGAAUCUACCCCCGCUUUGACUGGUCCCGUGGCUCCAUUAUGACCAUGUACCCAUCUUUGCGUGACACUAUGCGCAGAGUGACGCGGUCUUCACUCACAGGCACCCUGAGAUCAAAUCGAGCAGAGGAGAUGGGGAAAUUACACGUGACAACCCAACUUCCUUGAAACCACCACCUCCUUCUUCAUGAUGGAAUGCCAUUGGAAUUGUUAUUGCAGCAUAAUCAGAGAAAAUCACUGGCAGUUUCCAAACUCUGAUCAGUGUUCACAUUCAUGUCUAAUCUGGGGGGAUUAUGUGAUCACAUACCUGAGUGUCUUUCAGUCGUCAUUGUGACACUUUAUUUCACAGCAGGGAUCAAGUCUGUCAUCUAGUGAUAUACUUAACACGGAAGUCAGCAAAUGAGAUAUUUCAGAAACUGCUCAAAAUAUGUGUGAUGACAUUUGAGUUUAAACGCAACAUAAUACUUUUUGCACUUACAUUAUAUGAACCCUUUGGUCAAAUGCCUUUUAGUGUCACAAUAGACUGAACAAUUAUUGACUGUGACUGUGCUUUCAGGCUCAUGCUUAGUGUUAAAAAUACAUACAUACAUAAUGCUGUUUAAAAGCAAAUUGUGAUAGUUAUGAACUUUUAUUAUUAUAAUAAUGAUACCAAGUUGUUUGUUUUUUUUACUAUUCACUAACUAACUAAAUAUGUAUUUGAAAUAUAAAAGCAUGGGUUUACCUUAUAGAUGAAAAGUUGUAUCACAUCGGUGUUUCCUGUCUCUAUCUUUACUGUCACUAUGCAGUAAAAUAAGUAAACAAAUGUUAUGGUUCUAUCAAAUGUAACGUGUAUAGAUUCUAAAGUGCGACGUAAAACAAUGUCAGAUGUUGAGGUUUGAUAUUUAAUAAAACUGAUAUGUUAGAGGUGUAUCUAUCAUUCGACUGAUGCAGCUGAGUACUGUACCACAGGACUGUGGCAUAUCAUUGUACUUGUGGAAGUGUAAAUAUACUGUAGCCCAUAUAAUAAAGGUAACGUGGCCCUUUUAAAAUGACCGUGCAUGGUUGACGUGGUUGUUACUUGUCUUGGCAUAAAGACAGAUCAAUUUCCUUAUCUUAACCACCCACCUUGGGUUAAAAGUUUGAGGGAAUUGCCAUGGGAAAUGUUUCUUAAAACAGCUAUAGAGAUAAGAUCAUUUAAAAGAAGUCAUCUUAAGAGGGAGCAAACAUGAAUUAAACAUCCAGUGUGAGUAUUAAAGUGUAUAGUCAUGAUGUUUGAUUCUAACUGAAUGCUACAUAGGUUUUCCAACCCAGUUGGAAGGGAAGGAUGAGGUGAAGGAAUCACUGAACCUUUAAGGCUUAGUUUUGCCUCUUUCCUGUUGUCACUUUUCUGAGUUUCACUCCUGUGCCAGAAGUUUGUCCUUCAGAUCCCUUUGUGUGACUAAAGUGUCUACAUGGCUGUCGACCGUGCGAGUCACUGCAAAGUUAAAAUUCCUCAUUUUUGGCAAAGGCAAUCCUUGCAACCUCCUUGCCAUGUGUUACAUUACACUACUUCAGAAAGCUAUGCAUGCUCACCCUGUGUGUGAUUUGCUUUUGGCAUGCUUUGUUAUGUGUGAAAACACUCACUGCUACACAGUGAUUGAACAAAGUGACCUGAACUGAUCACCAAUAAAGGCUGAAGUGUCUUGUUUUAUCACUUUUGCCGUAUAAUCCGGUGUAAAUGAAGGGUGUGUUAAAUGUGCAUGACAGAAAAUAACGUGGUUGUCUGUGGGCUACGUACAUCAAUAAACAAACACAAUCAAAUA